AAACACACUGUUACAAAACGUAAAUACCAGCGCGAUCAUGUAACUGGUUCUAUACGGAAACACGAUACACGUUGAAGUGUUUUUCUGCCUCGGCUUCUGUUAACUACAGUUGUUUCGUGUCUCGUUUUUUACGAUUAGCUUCAGAUCUCCUUCCCCAGCUGAGCUGAGUCAAUCUUACUCCAAGUUUUAUUCAUUCACUGUAUGUUUCUUUGCAUCUCGAGGAGCUUAUCCUUCUCCUCUGCUCCGAAGCGUUUCGUGGAGCUCGUUGUCCCCAGUCACCAGAGGCCCAUCCCAGCACUCUUCUUCUUGAACAAGUUAUUCACCAGUGAAACCAUCAUGCCAAACCAAAAACGCAAGGCAACACCUGCUGCUGCUGCUGCUGCCACCAGCGAAGGGUCCAGCACCAAGCGGCAGAAGUUGGCCACCACGAAGAGAGACGAGGGCUGGCUGCAGGACCUUGUGAAGCAGCAGAGGUCAGAGAACAAGGAGCUGAAGUUCAAUCUGAAGCGCGUCCGUUUUAUAUCAGACACUGAAAAGUUAAAGCAGGGCUCAGAGGGUGUCUUGUACUGGAUGUCAAGAGACCAAAGAGUACAAGAUAACUGGGCGCUGAUCCACGCGCAGCAGCUUGCUGUGAAGGAGAGCCUUCCUCUGCAUGUGUGCCUCUGCCUGGUUGUCCCAAAAUCAGAGCUGUCCACACUGAGACAUUACAGCUUUAUGCUCAAAGGUCUGGAAGAAGUUGAAAAGGUACUAACUUAAUUAUCUUUGAAUGCACUGACUAAAGCCAUAAAUUCCAGGGAUGUUCUUCCUGGCUUUGUGUCAGACCGGAACCUUGGGGCAGUGGUGACGGACUUCUCCCCUCUCAGAGAGCCACUGCAGUGGUUGGAGGACAUUAAAAAGAGGCUUACCAAGGACAUUCCCCUCAUACAGGUUGAUGCUCAUAAUAUCGUUCCCUGCUGGGUGGCAUCACCUAAACUCGAGUACUCGGCCAGGACUAUCAGAGGCAAAAUUACCAGUCUUUUGCCAGAGUUCUUCACUGAUUUUCCUGUGGUAGAGAAGCAUCCUUACACAGCUACAAGGACUGCAAAGUCAAUAGACUGGGACAAAACCCUGGCCUCUCUGCAUGUCGACAGAACGGUAGGAGAGCCAGAGUGGGCUAAGCCAGGCGCCAAAGCAGGGAUGGCCAUGCUGGAGUCAUUUAUUGAUGCACGCCUUAAACUGUUUGGCACCAAACGCAAUGACCCAAAUGCUGCCGCCCUCAGCCAGCUCUCCCCCUGGAUCCGCUUUGGCCAGAUAUCAGCCCAGCGUGUGGCACUGCAAGUUAAUCAUAGUGGGAAGAACAGCAACACUCGUCAGACCGUUGCCUCCUUUAUUGAGGAGGUUGUGGUGCGCAGGGAGCUGACUGACAACUUCUGCUUCUACAACAAGAACUAUGACAGUAUCGAGGGUGCAUACGAGUGGGCUCAGAAGACCUUGAGAGAUCAUGCCAAGGACAAAAGGCCGUAUCUCUACACACGUCAGCAGCUGGAGAAUGCAAAGACGUACGACAAACUGUGGAACGCAGCUCAGUGCCAGAUGGUCACUGAGGGGAAAAUGCAUGGUUACUUGCGGAUGUACUGGGCCAAAAAGAUUCUUGAGUGGACCUCAUCACCAGAGGACGCACUCUCCAUCGCCCUGUACCUAAAUGAUCGUUAUGAGCUGGAUGGCCAGGAUCCUAAUGGCUUCGUCGGUUGUAUGUGGUCUAUUUGUGGCAUCCAUGACCAGGGCUGGAGAGAGAGACCUGUUUUUGGAAAGAUCCGCUACAUGAACUACAAAGGCUGUGCCAGGAAGUUUGACGUAGCACAAUUUGAGAGAAACUACUGCCCUAAAAACCUCUGAAGCAUAAAAGGUUUUCAAGGCCGUGAAAAAAUUCUUGACAGUCUACACUUUUACCUCUGGGAUCGUUGGUACAGGGUCUCUAGGAAGUGAUAGUCUUUACUUUGUUUUUUGCUGCUUUAUUUUGUAUUAUCUCACACUUUUUAAAUUUUACUUCCUUUUAAUGGAAGUAAAUCCUUGCAAAAACAUUUGAGGGGGCACUAACCACCUUUCAAGCACUAUUCAGUUUGUAACGCAGCAUGUGAGCAUGUGCAGGCAUAGAUUUGUAAGCACAGAAUCAGAUUUGAGAGCGUAGUCACGGCCAUGCAUUGCACUUGUUUCUUAAUCUGCUUUCAGAUCUCUCCACUGUUUUGUGUGAAAAUCUGUCCAUUCCAAAAGGUUUGAAAGUGCAAGAAAACAGUUUCAAGUGGUAGUCAAUUUGCAAACCAGAAUUUAUGAGUGCAGAGGCACAGAUUUUUAAGAACAGGUUCAGAUUUUAGAACAAGGGAGCAUCCCUGCUCCUCACUCAAAUGAUCUGUUACGCUAACAAUUCUGUCCUCCCUUGCUUUCAAAUCUGCCCAUGCACUCUCUGAUUGUGACCUGCAAAAUGAAAGGUGCUUGAAAUUUGUUUUGGCGCCAACAUUUACAAAUCAGUGUUUGCAUAAUCUCAAAUGUUAAAUUACAAACUGAGUAAUGUUCAAAAUGUGGGUAAUGUGCCCUCAAACAUUUCGGCCAGGAUUUACUUCCCUAUCAUUUAUCAGGAUAUGCAGGAUAUGGUGCCUUUAAAUAAAUCUCUUUAUGUAACAGCCCUGUAAAGGGGGUAUUUAUGUAAGACAUACAUGGACACAGACUUUUCUCAGAUUAUGUGUGUAAUGACUGAAGUGAGGGAACAAUGUGUCCUUUUGCAUAUCUUAACAGCUCUAGUCUCCCCCUGCUGGAAUCCUCCAGUAACUACACCCACCUAGCCACAUGUUACAGUAUAGCCACACAGUACUGUUACCUACAAGCCACUGUGACAAAUCAGUGACUUUCAAAAUAACCAAAUCAGCAAACAGAUGUUUAAAUACAGGUCAGCAUAAACUAUCGACAAAUGGAUGACAGAACUAAUUAUAUUAGAGAAACUUGUAUGUCCUUUAAUCUAAAUAAGUGAAAAGGCCAAAUAUGUGCUGGGGUAUAUUACAGCUGCAACUGUGGUUUUAUUGAGUAAUAAUGUAGUUAAACACAAACAAAGUUCACUUCUACUCAGCCUAAUUAACUGCACCCUCAGUGGUGAGAAAAACGUCUCUACAGGUAAGCGUACACUUAACAUGGUUCCACAUAUUACAAUGUAAAGCCUUUAUCCGUGGGCUCUUUUGCUAGCUUAUUUUAGGGGAGAUGUUCUAAUUAGUUGAAACCAGUCAGCAUACGGUUAUAGGCAAUAAGAAUAUAAUGUAAAUAUAUUUUACAGUAAUUUAUUGGGCUGAGGUCCUCAGCACAGUUUGUCAUACUGGCUAUUUGCCUUUACUUGUUGUUGAUCAAAAUGACUGGAUGAGAAACAGGACUGAUUCCUUUUUAUAGACCAGAACUGAGUUUUCAAAAGUGAGUUAUUUUCCUAGAGGAAAUAAGGAUACACAUCACACAUUAUGUUAAAUACAAAGCUAUCAUGUUGGAGUGCUGUUAGGGUGAUUUUUAUUUUUUAAGUAGAUAUGAAUAGAAUUAGUUAAGGUUUUUAUUUUAUAGCAUACAUAAGUCUAUAUGCUUUAAUCCUACAGUUAUGUUCAUGUAGUUACAUAUCACCCUAUGUGUUCACUAAAUCACUGGUCAAUAUUUACUGUGUUAGCCAACUGGAGCA